GCACCCCAUUGAAUUUGUUAGGUGGUUUUAAGGUAUGAUUCCCUUGUAAGUUACCACUGAGUUGCAUUAGACAACUUGGCAAAUUCCUUGAGAGGAUAUGUCCCUAGGAAGCUCUAGGUCUACCAAUGCAACUCUAUAGGGACUGGAAGUCGGAUAAUAAUAAUAAUAAUAAUAAUAAUAAUAAUAAUAAUAAUUAUUAUUAUUAUUAUUAUUAUUAUUAUUAUUUAUUUACAACCCUUCUCACCUGAGGAGAUUCAGGGUGGCUUACAAAAGUUGGCAAAAUUUAAUGCCCAAAAUGCAAUAAUAAAAACAAAACAAUAUAAACAGAUCCAUUAAUAACAUUGUUAAAACAUAUAAAAACCUUAAAAAUGUAUAUAUAAUUAAUUAUUAUUUGUAUACCACCCUAUCUCCUCAAAGCGACACAGGGCGGUUUCCAACCUGUAAGGCAAACAUUCAAUUGCUGGAAAGAAACCAUACAGACAAUAAACAAAAUAGACACAUAUAACACAACAUAAUUUAAAAAAUAUUUUAAAAACCCAUCUCAUUGUAGGUAAUUUUAUGGUCUUCAGUCAUAUACUUAAUUUAACUAUGCUCAAGUCAGGAGCAUAUCCCCCAUAUAUAUAGCAGCCUUACUGUCCUUCAUUUUCCAGCACAGUGGAUAUUCGUCUUCUGGGUUGCAGGCUGCAAAAAGAUAGUAUUUGAGGGAUUGCAUUGGGAAAUGUAUCUAUGGAAACAUAAUUACAUCACCGUAGCUACUUCUUACAAUGCAGGGAAUUUUAAUGUUUAAGUUUAGAGUUGAAAAACAUAGCUGUCCUUGUCAUUUUCAGGCAGGAAAUAUUAGAGGAGUGGCAACGUUUGCCUUAUGAGACUUGAGUGGAAUGAGCGGGACUACUCCGAGAUCUCAACGACAACAAUAAUCAUUUCAAUCACUCUUUGAAUGGGUGCUUUCUUGCUCCACCUUCUGGAUCAAAGGUACCCAUUCUGUCUGAGGCAGGAUAUUCAUGUGACUCGUUUACAGGCAGGGAACAGGGGCUCGAGGCAUUUCUAAUUGUGGGUUUUCCAUCUCCAAAGUUCAAGCCUGUGCAAACCGCUUCAAGCAGCCAGUUCCUGCUGUGCUGGAAUUAAUGCAUAAUGAAUUGAGAGAACGGGUUGCCACCAGACACGGUGGAGAUGGCCACGGGGGUUCAACAACUGGAUAUAAUUAAGGUAUAGAAGACAGAUCUAUACACAGCUAUUAGUCUGACGGUUAAGUAAAAUGCACACAUUUAAAGGUAGUGUCCUCUAAAAUGCUAAUUCCUUCAUGCACUCCUUGUAGGGCCCAAUAUCUGGUGAGGGAAUGUCAUAUUGAUGGUCAAAGUGGUAGCUGGUUGCUCACAUGUUAGAGGCAGUAGGACUUCUUCUCCUUGUUUUUGUUGGAACUCUGAGCUUUUCAAGGUGCUGAUCCUCUUUGGAAAGCCAAGUUGAAGAGCUUCUUUGACAUCUGGAGUAAAACAUGGAACAGGCACAUCACCUGAGUGGUUUGGAAGCCAACCUUGAAUUGGGUUGCACCCCAUAUAGGCAUGCAUGACUUGACCUUCCCGAACCAGAAGGACCCCCAUCCAACCACUGUUCCUUGCAAUUCAGCAAGAAGCACUCUGAAAUAUUACAUUAUGUAGGAGAGAUUGUCUGCUGUAUAUGUCUGUUGAGGUUUGUGUAUAUGUGUAAGCGUAUCUAUGCUUGUAUUAACAAGCAGGAAUGUGUCCAAGACAGGACGGCCAAAAUGGUCCAAGGUCUGGAAGCCAUGCAUCCUUCUGAGAAGUAGCUUGAGAAGAUGGAGAUGUUUAAUUUGGAGGAGAAAAGGCGGAGAGGGAGCAUGAUAGUCAUGUUUAAAUACGUGAAAGGAUGUCACAUUGUUCGAGGGUCAAACUGUUUUCUUCUGCUCUGGAGUCUAGGACACAACUGAGCAAUUGAUUUUUUUCCAUGUCAGGAGCAACGUGAAAAACUGCAAGUCCCUUCUGGUGUGAGAGAAUUGGCCAUCUGCAAGGACGUUGCCCAAGGGAUGCCUGGAUGUUUGAUAAUUUUACCAGCCUUGUGGGAGGCUUUUCUCAUGUCCCCGCAUGGGGAGUUGGAGCUGACAGAGGGGGCUCACCCGCUCUCACUGGAUUCCUGCAGGCACAUUGGGCUACUGGGGACUCCGAUAAAGCAAUCGGUUGAAACUGCAGCAAAGAGAUUCUACCUAAACAUUACAAAAAACAUCCUGAGGGUAAGAGUUGUAUAACAGUGGAAUAUAUUGUUGCCUGGAUGUUCAGUGGAAUCUUCUUUUCUGGAGACGUUUAAGCAGAGGCUGGAUGGCCACCUGUCAGGAGGGCUUGGGCUGUGUUUUCCUUCAUAGCAGAAGAAGGUUGGACAGGGUGGUCCUUGGGGUCUCUUCCAACUCUAGGAUUCUGUGAUUCUAUGACAAUACAUGCUUCUCUUCCUCUGUUUCAGAGUCACCCAAGGUUCCUCUCUUCUUGCAUCCACCCACCAUCCUUUGUCUCCUUCAUUGCCUUUCAGGAUCACCAGCUGGGUCACAAAUCCAAUUUCCUCGCUUGGUCCAAAAUUGAUUCAGCAGCCUCUUGGAGAAUUAUAUGUCGCCAAUCAGCAAAUGCUUUCCCCUUCUUGCACGUGCAAGAGAGUGUUUGCAUGUACUCUUGGAUGAGGCCCAUCAUCCACGUCUAAACAGGUGGAGAGUCCUUUUUUGCAUUGUUUGUGUGGAUUGCUGGCCCAGAACGGACAAGGGUUCGCCGAAAGCACCCAUUCUCUUGAAUAAUAUUUCAUGGUCAAAAGAAAUCUUUUGUCUUCCUUCCUCCCCCCCCCCCCCCUCUCUGCUUUGUGGUCACUUGAUCCAAAAUCCCGCUUACUCAGCUCUCUGUGUAGAAAUUAUCUGAAUCCUAUUAGCACAUAAUGGAGAGUGUCCUGUAAUGCAUCAGUUGCUAGAAUAUUGGCAGCCAAAUACCAUUCAUCAUAUGGUGUGACCGGAAUGGAAGAAUACAGAACAUGGAGAAUACAGUAUUCUAAUGUCUGCUGUGCAAGAUGACCUUAAAACACAGCAACAAAAUGCAACCAGUGGGAGAAAUUGCAUGAGAAACCUUCGCUUCUUGGCAUGGAUAUAAUUGACAAUGAUAAUAAUAAAAACAUGGGGAGAUACAGAGGAAACGUUUUCAUAUGUGGGCUCCCACCUGCCUCCUCUCCCACUUUUCUGAAUUGACACAAACCCAAGGGAACAAAAGACCAUCUCUUAAUUAAUGUAUCUGAAUAUAUUUCAAAGGUGCUGACAGAUUAUUCUUUUGCAUACCAUAACAAUAAAAUAGAGCCAAGAUGGAUUCCUGGGGAAGUAAAGCAUAACAUUAUACCCAGGUGAAGCUCUGUUCUGUCUCCUCUCUCUCUUCAUUCUCAACAUAAAAUCAUAGAGUUGGGAGGGAACCCAAUGGUAAUCUAGUCCAACCAUGUCAAUAUUUAACAGAAGCACUUCUAAUGGGUGCCCAUUUGACCUCUGCUUAAAGAUUGUCAAAGAUGGAAAAACCACUAACUUUCGAGGCAACGUUUUCCACUGUUGAACAGAAAUGGCUAUGGAAGACCAGAGAGUACAUUUAGAUAUCAAAUUAAUGCAGUUUGACACCCCUUUAACAUGCAUGUGCAAUGCUAUAGGUCUGUGGGAGUUGUAGUUUGCAAGGUAGGAUCCUCUGGUGGUGCAGUAGAUUAAAUCCUUGUGCCAGGAUGACUGGUGACUUGAAGGUUGGGUUGCUGACCUGAAGGUUGCCAGUUCGAAUUUGGGGAGACCGCAGAUGAGCUUACUCUGUCAGCUCCAGCUACAUGCAGGGACUUGAGAGAAGCCUCCCACAAGGAUGAUAAAAAUAUCAAAUAUCUGGGCGUUCCCUGGGCAACAUCCUUGCAGACAGCCAAUUCUUUCACACCAGAAGUGACUUGCAGUUUCUCAAGUUGCUCCUGAAAUGAAAAAAAAUUGCAAGGUGCUAGUACCAUCACAAACUACAACUCCCUUGAUUUCACAGCACUGAUCCAUGGAAGUCAAAAUUGCACGAACUGCAUUAAUGCUGUAGCGCAGAUGCACCCUUGGACCAAUAAAAAAGAAGGAUGUGUUGGGUUAUCUAGCAAUCAUGCAUGCAUUUUCAAUGUGGGAUGGUUUAUGUAGUUAGCUUGUUUUGUUGCUUAGUAACCUGAGCCAAAGCUGCAUUCCAGAGUUGAUGGCACCAAUUUAGGGGUUGCGCAUGUGAAGUAAAGGAAGGGGAGUAUCCUUUCUGGGGACACACAGGAAGUGAUGCACAUUUAGAAUUUGGGGUAUAUAAAGGGGAGACUUUCUUUGUUCUCUCUCUCUUGAUCCUGCCAUGUGGCCUGCUAAUACUUCUUGUUAAGAGAUAUGUAGUAUCCUUUGGAACUAAGAUGUUUUUACCUGUAUGACCAUCAUCAUACAAGAUUAUGGGACUGGGGACUUCCUCUGUGUGUGUUUGCCCAGGAAAUCGUGAGGCGACAUCGGUUUAAUCCAGAGCGCCAUGUGUUCGACGGCUCCAGCGAAAGCCUUCAAGAAUCAAAAGUAUCAGGAACUGAAGCAGCAGUGCCUCGAAGAAGGGAGGCUCUUUGAAGACCCCGAAUUUCCAGCGAUAGAUGAAUCCAUCUUCUACAGUACUCCACCACCAGGGAGGAUAGAAUGGAAACGCCCUAAGGAGCUCUGUGAAGAUCCUCACCUCUUUGUGAACGGGAUCAGUUCCCAUGACCUGCAUCAAGGGAAACUAGGAAACUGUUGGUUUGUAGCAGCCUGUGCCUGCCUUGCUCUUCGGGGGAAUCUCUGGAGAAAGGUGAUUCCAAACGUUAAGGAACAGGACUGGGAUCGGAAGAGGCCCGAGAAACAUGCAGGAAUGUUUCACUUCCGGUUCUGGUGCCUUGGGGAAUGGACCGACGUGGUCAUUGAUGACCGACUCCCAACCCUGAACAAUGAGCUCGUCUUCUGCCAUUCAAACGAUCGCAAUGAAUUCUGGAGUGCGCUUCUCGAAAAAGCUUAUGCUAAGAUGGCUGGAUGUUAUGAAGCCUUGGAUGGAGGCAGCACUGCGGAAGCAAUUGUCGACUUCACAGGAGCCGUUGCAGAAUCAAUUGACAUGGCAGAAGGCAAAUAUAGCCGUGACAUCAUUGAGCAGGCCAAGCUUUUUGAAGACUUGCUGAAAGUGCAAAGAAGGGGAGGUUUAAUCAGCUGUUACAUCAAGCCCACAUCCUCCCGUGAUUUUGAGGGACAGACCACCAUGGGUUUAAUCAUGGGCCAUGCCUAUUCAGUGACAUCCAUCCUGAUGAUGAGUCUUGGAAAGAAGCUCACGACGUUCACAAAGACUAAGAAGCUCUUCAUGAUCCGACUGAGGAACCCCUGGGGACAGAAAGAGUGGAAUGGCGCUUGGAGUGACGCAUCUGAGGAGUGGAAAAACGUGAGCCAAGCAGAACGCAAGAAACUGGGACUCACUGUUGAAAAUGAUGGAGAAUUCUGGAUGACUUUUGAAGACUGGUGCAAAAAUUUCACCGACGUCGACAUCUGUCGCAUUGUGAACACAUCCUUGUGUAGCAUCCACAAGACCUGGGAAAAGAAAACGAUGCGUGGAAAAUGGACAAAGAACGCGGACCCCUGGCUGAACCGCGCUGGGGGAUGUUCAAAUAACAAAGGCAUCUUUUUGCAAAACCCACAGUAUGUCUUUGAUGUGAAGAAGGUUGAGGACAAAGUGAUGAUCUCCCUGCAGCAGAGUGACCGGCGCAUCCACAAAAAGGAAGGGAUGGGGGAUAAUGUUGUUAUUGGCUUCGAAAUCUUCAAGGUGGAGGACAACCGAGAGUACCGAAUGCAUGCUCUGAAAAUACAAGAGAAGGUGGCUACCUCUACAUACAUUGACAACCGCAUGGUGUUUCUGAAGGUCGUUCUCAAGCAAGGCCGAUACGUCUUGAUCCCGACGACUUUCAGCCCAAACAUUGAAACUGAGUUUAUUCUGAGGCUGUUCACAGAUGUGCCAUCAAAACUCAGAGAACUUAAGCUGCAUAAACCAAGGCUGGCCUGUCUGGACAUCUUCUGUGGCGUCCCUCGGAGGGUCUCUCAGGUCAAAAUCCACGUGGUGGAGGGCCUUCCAAGCCAAGACAGUCGUGGUGGAGUAAAUCCCUAUGUUAUCAUCAAGUGUGAAAACGAGAAGGUCCAGUCUCCCGUCCAACAUGGCGCCGUCAAUGUUGUUUUCAACACACAAGCCAUUUUCUACCGAAGGAACGUCCAGAAGCCCAUUAUUAUCCAGGUCUGGCACAGCCGCCUCUCGUCCCACUGCUUCCUGGGACAAGUGCUGAUGGCAGCCUCACCCGGUGACCCCGCAGGACUUCAGAAGCUCCGACUCCGGGGCCGAGGCGGGCGCGAAGCAGACGAGAUGCCAGGUCACAUCACCGUCAAUGCCCUCUCCAGCGACGACCUUGCGGAGCUCUGAUAGGCCCAGACGAGGCGGCCGCCUCCCAGCAAGAGACCUCAUUUGCCUUCCUUUGCGUCGGGAGCCUUGAUGUGCACGUAGAUGCAAAGGGCUCUAAAAUUAGCCUCCUUCCCUUGUUGCGUCUGGGUUAUAACUGGGCAACAAAGAACGAGAGCAGAAGCAGCUACGCAACCAAUACUCUCCCGUUUUGCUUUUGCAUAUAUACCAACAUAUACCUGCAAGGACUACAACUGGAGGGAAGCCUCUAUAGACUACAGGAUAUGUUUUGAGCCCCUUUGUUAGGAAUCAGGGUUAUUUGGAGAUGGACGAGACCUGACUCAACAGCCAAGAUCUUGUUUGACACCAGCGGAGUCAAAAGUUCAGCCAGCAUAUUAAGAAACAAGAGGCCUUAGGAUGGUGACAGCUAUAGGAAAAGUGACAAUGCAAGAAGGAUUUCCUAGUGUUCCCCCCUCCAUCCAUCAUUUGAGAAGGCAGAACUAUGAUCUGGCACCAUUUUGGUAACCAUUGCAUAGUACAGUGGUUCUCAAUUUUUGGAUCCCCAGAUGUUUUGGCCUUCAACUCCCAGAAAUCCUAACAGCUGGUAAACUGGCUGGGAUUUCUGGGAGUUAAAGGCCAAAACACCUGGGGACCCACAGGUUGAGAACCACUGGCAUGGUAGUAAAGUUAAAGGUUUUCCCGUGACAACUCUGGUGGUUGGUGCUCAUCUCCAUUUCUAAGCUGAAGAGCAGCGUUUUGUGUAGACACCUCCAUAUGGUUGACAUGAAGUGCCAUGACCUUCCCCCAGGAGCGGUACCUAUUGAUCUACAGAAGCUAGAGCUAACAGUGGAAGCUUACCCCGCUUUCCAGGUUUGAACUGCUGACCUUUCGGUCAGCAAGUUCAGCAGCUCAGCAGUUUAACCCUCUGUGCCAGCGGGGGCUCCAACCAUGGCAUAGCUGGGAGAAAACCAUUGUUUAAAAAAAGCACAGGAGACCUCCUUCCGCAAUAUGAAAAAAGCUGUAGAUCCUCAUUAUAACAUAAGUCACCAACAAGAUUCUAAAUGAAAAUAUAGGAUGAGAUACUGGAUCACAAUAAUGCGACACAAAGUGACACAGGGCACAUUUUAUCAUCCUCAUAGAUAAAUCAAUGAUCACCAGUUCAUACUUGCAUUUGAACCCUGGCUGAAUUUUCUUUGCUCUUCUGAUUUCUAUACUUGGAUUCUCCUUAAUCUCAUCAUUCACUAAAUCACCACUAAUCGUAACUGUAAUACAUUUUCUUUGUUUCACAUUAAACAUCGCCAGGACCGUCAAAGUAGCUACUAUAUUUGGCAUGCUAAGAUGACAAAUCCCAUGUUGAGAGGAUCAGAAUGUCAGAACUUUAAAUGCAAAACUUUCCCUCUCCAUUGUUUAAAUCUUUCGGGGUUUGCAUGCACAUUGGCAGAUACUUUGCAUCUUUGAAUCUGUGUCAGUUUUACUGAGACAAUAUUUUUGAGCUAUUUUUCAUCUUAAAAACACUGAAAAUAUUGUGUUGUCGAAGGCUUUCAUGGCCAGAAUCACUGGGUUCUGUGAGUUUUCCGGGCUGUAUGGCCAUGUUCCAGAAGCAUUUUCUCCUGACGUUCCGCCCACAUCUAUGGCAGCCAUCCUCACUUGCAUAGUUUCCAACAGGCUUCACAACCUCUAAGGAUGUCUUGCAUAGAUGUGGGUGAAAUAUCAGGAGAAAAUGUUUCUUGAACAUGGCCAUGCAGCCCAGAAAACUCAUAGCAACCCAAUGAAAAUAUUGAACAUUGCUGAAACUGAUUGGACACAGGUUAAUAUAUUGUCCCAACUCACCAAUAUUUCUUUUUCAUUCAAUUUUUAAAUGAUAGAUAAGAUGUGUUGCUAGUCACAGGAGCUUUAUAUGAUAAUCUUCGCCUGUAUGUACAACACAUAUACAUAUAGGCUAGAACAGGGCUUCUUAAACCUUUUCCAUUCGCAAUGCCUUUCUGCUCAAGUAUAUAAAAUAGGUAUAAAAUCAAACAUUUACUGAUAAUAAACCAGCAUUUGCAAGGCUUGCUACACGGGCUGAUUUUUUGGUGGAGUACAACUGAAGCAUUUUCUGCACAUCCAUUGUAAACACUGAAUGUUGUUGCUCAGAUUCAUGUCUAAAACAGUCACUAAGUGGUAUUCAGAAACCUUUUACUGUCACCAAAUGUUUCAGGACCCCCAUUUUCAGUCAUGGCGAUGAUAUUUGGAGUCAGGACCCACACUUGAAGGAACGGUGCUGUAGAAUUAUCUAUGUUACAUAACUAUAUACGGCCAACAUACAAUAGAUUAAAUUCUGAGACCAGAUACCUUGGUUUGUGGUACUUGGAUGCACCAGAUCACCAUUUGUGUAGAAUGAAAGGAAAACAUCCGGAGUCAAGAAGGCGAAUGUUCAAAUCAUCCCAAUUUUGGAUUUUCUUUUUAUUAUAUCCAAUUGGUAAUCACCACUUCCAAAGAUCCCCUCCCUGACUUGAUAAUGAAAGUAAAUCCAAUAAAGGAAAAGCACGGAUUUAAA